AUGCAGGACCAGGGGCGGCUGCAGCAUCUGAAUCGAUUUCGUUACCAUUCGUUGUCGCUUCGCUAUCUUCGCCCUGCAUUUGAUGACCCGUCCUUUUAUGCAGCUGCUUCGUCGGAUCCGUCAACAUACCUCGUCUUCAUCGACCUCUUUCUUUAUAGAAGCCGUGUCGACGCCUUGAUCAACAACGCGGAGAUGCUCCUCCCAAAGAAGCCUUCAUAG